AUGAUUAAACGCUCUGUUUUGUUUGCAUUAGCAGCUCUGAUAUCCCGGAAAUUCUUGACACGUUGCUCAUCGUUCAUGGCAAAAAGUUCGGUGCAAUCAUCAGUAACAUCUUUUUGGGUAACCGUUGAACCGCUAGCUGUUACAUGGACCAAAGGAUGUCUGGCUGCUGCUGGAUGUGACGAUUCCAGGUUAAGCUUAUCUGAAUGGAACUUAGUUAGCGAUGAAAGGAUUUCAUCCAGUUGGUCUAUACGCGAACUUUUCGAUUCUUCACAUACAUUUGUAAGUUAUUGGAACAAAGGAAGACCUGCAGACAUAACGUUCAAUUAUGAGGUAGUAGGCUCCGAUCCAAUUUAUGGAUUCUCUAGAACUUGCGAUUUUACACGAGCAGUUCAUGCUUUUGAUGAUAAGUGGAAAUUAGCAUCUCAAUCAGCAGGACAAGCAAUCACAUCAACAACACUUUCUUUGCAACAGUUUGAUAAAGUAACUUUAAAUUUGACCGGUAAAUGUUUUAAUACAACUAUAAUGAUACAAAAGUAUGAAUCUAAUUGUCCCUGGUGCUCUUGUGGCGAAGGAUAUGCAAUUGUUGACCAGUUGUCGGAAUCUGAAUCACGUGAAUUUCUGCAUCACCUGAACAGUUCAUCAGAAACGUUGGUUGAUAUAGGCCUAAUGACACUAUCAGCAAUUGCGGUUGCAACGUCCGCUGCAUUUUCUUGCGUGCUAAUUGCAUAUCUUCGCGAAAGACGAUCUAAUUUCGAGAGAAGCGUUGCAAAGUGCAACAUAAAGUGUAGCAACAAUAAUUUAACAAUAUACCGAGGGUACCAAACUCCCUCACAUAUGAAACAACUAACCAAUAUUGAAAUUAUUGGGUAG